CUCGUAUAUAUAUAUAAGGCAAUGUCUUUCCCUUCUCUAUCAACUCUUCAAUCUUUAACCACACAACACUUCUCUCUCUCUCUCUCUCUCUCAUGGCCACCCAAGAAGAGGGUAUCAAGCUUUUUGGCACGACAAUUACGUUGCAUGCAAGACAAGCUAAAGAAGAUAAAAAUAAAGAAAAUCCGUCGCCGGACAAGAGGCCGGACAAGAUCAUACCGUGCCCUAGAUGCAAGAGCAUGGAGACCAAAUUUUGUUACUUCAACAACUAUAAUGUUAACCAGCCUAGGCACUUCUGCAAGGGCUGCCAGAGAUACUGGACGGCAGGUGGGGCUCUUCGUAAUGUUCCUGUUGGUGCCGGUCGCCGUAAAACCAAGCCACCAGGCCGUGCUGGGCUUGGUGGGUUCCCAGAAGGGUGCUUGUAUGAUGGCUCAGGUGAUGUCCAUCAGAUUGAGCUGGAUAGUGAGAUGCUGGUUGAGGAGUGGCACAUGGCUGUCCAUGGUGGUUUCCGGCAUGUUUUCCCGGUGAAGCGUCAGAGGAGUAGUUCAGUGUUGUUAAACAUGAAGCUCAAUGAUUACUCAUAUCUGGGUGUUGAGAGAUGUAUAUUAACAGCUGACCAUAGGGAUUCAUGUAAACUAUGAGUAGGUCCAGAUCAAUCUGAUCAUCAUCAUCAUCAUCAAGAGGCUAUGAUCCAAUUCAAUCAAAUUUGAGGCCAUGGGGGAGUCAACAGAUGAAGACAUGAUCUUGAUCAAUGCCAGGAGAUUGGAUGGAAAUUGGAAACCCAUGAUAUAGUUACCAUGAAAUUUUCAGUGCAAAAGCUAUUUGUAGAUAUAUAAUUAAUUAUUUCCAAAGAAAAUUUGCAAGUUUUCUUGGUGGUCAUCUCAUCAUC